AUGGCACGGGCAGCAUCCGAAGCUGACUCUGAUGACCAGCCGAUAGCCGAGGCUGGUACUGACAAUGAAGCUGGGAACGAGGAGACCCCCGGAAGCGAAGGUGAGGAGGAAUAUGAGAUCGAGGAGAUCAUUGAAGCAAGGAAGGGAAUGUUCCUGGGAGGACGAGCGGGCUACUUCGUGAAAUGGAAGGGCUACUCCAGCGAGCAUAACAGCUGGGUCGACGAGAGAGACGCUGGCAACGCGGCCGACUUGAUUGACACAUUUUGGAAAAAGCAGAAUGCUGCGAAAGCGCGCCGAAAGUCUGGUGCCAGUGAAAGUGCUAGCAGGGCGCUGGCCAGAGACAGGCAGAAGUCUACCAAUCUUUCUGGCGAUGAAUCUGCUGUUACUACCACCAAGAAGCGCGGUCGUACAUCCAAAGCGGCGGACGCGGAAGGUGAUACGAGAACUACGAAAAAGGCCAAGAAACCCGCCAACGGGAAGGCGCAAACUGUUGUCGACGCGAAGGAUAACGACGAUAUAUCGGUGGGGAAUAUGAACCAAUAUAUAGAUAUGCCGGAUUGGGAGCCUCUCAUCCAAUCCGUCGACACGGUUUGCUCCACCGAAGAGGGCCUGCUGGAAGUAUUUUUUACUUUGAACUCGGGCGAGCGUGUGAAGGAGGCCUCAAAAACAUGUAAAGAACGCUUCCCCAACAAGCUCAUCGAUUUUUACGAGGCCCACCUGAAAUGGCGAGCGGUUGAUAGCUCCUAG